UGGCGCCCGGAGAGCCGGCCGCACACUUUCCUUGCUCUCGCCCGGGCAGGAGACCAGCCGUCCACUCGGUCCCUGGCGAAGAUCGGGGUUCCGGGUCCCCACAGUCUCCGAGCAGCUCAGCCCCCGGAGGCGCAGGAUGCGGGCGGGGCGCGCGGGGCCGGGGCCGCUGCGGCCGGUGCUGCUGCUCCUUCCAGGCGUCCUUCGUUGCUGUGUGGCAUACAACGUGGGCCUCCUGGACGCGAAGGUCUUCUCCGGGCCUGCCGACGCCCAGUUUGGCUACGCGGUGCAGCAGUUCAUCAACCCAAAAGGCAGCUGGUUGCUGGUCGGCUCGCCGUGGAGUGGCUCCCCCGACAACCGCAUGGGCGACGUGUACAGAUGCCCGCUCCACCUGCCCACGCCCGCGUGCGAGAAGCUCAAUUUGCAAGCUUCCGUGAGCAUCCCCAACGUGACGGAGAUAAAAACCAACAUGAGCCUCGGCCUGACACUCGCCAGGAACGCGGGCACCGGAGGGUUUCUCACAUGCGGGCCCCUGUGGGCACAGCAGUGCGGAAGCCAGUACUACACCACUGGGGUUUGUUCCGACGUCAGCCCCGACUUCCAGCUCUUGGGCAGCUUCUCACCGGCGGUGCAGACCUGCACUUCCUUCAUCGACGUGGUGGUUGUGUGCGAUGAAUCAAACAGUAUCUACCCCUGGGUGGCAGUAAAGAACUUUCUGGAAAAAUUUGUGCAAGGCCUGGAUAUAGGCCCCUCGAAGACACAGGUGGGACUCAUUCAGUACGCCAACAAGCCCCGAGUGGUGUUCAACCUGAACACCUUUCAAACCAAAGCUGAGAUGACCGCAGCCACGUCCAGGACGGUCCAGAAGGGCGGGGACCUCACCAACACGUUCAAGGCCAUUCAGUUCGCAAGAGACUCCGCUUACACGGCAGCUGCUGGCGGCCGGCCGGGCGCCACCAAGGUCAUGGUGGUUGUCACCGACGGCGAGUCACACGACGGCUCCAUGCUGAAGGACGUGAUCGCGCAGUGCAACGAGGACAGCAUCCUGCGGUUCGGCAUCGCGGUUCUCGGGUACUUAAACAGAAAUGCCCUCGAUACGAAAAACCUAAUAAAAGAAAUCAAAGCGAUCGCCAGUGUCCCCACCGAGAGGUACUUCUUCAACGUGUCCGACGAAGCCGCGCUGCUGGAGAAGGCGGGCACCAUCGGCGAGCACAUCUUCAGCAUCGAAGGCACCGUGCAAGGAGGCGAUAACUUCCAGAUGCAGAUGGCCCAAGUGGGAUUCAGCGCGGAUUACUCCCCCGAAAAGGACGUCCUCAUGCUGGGUGCAGUAGGGGCUUAUGACUGGAGCGGGACCGUGGUUCAGCAGACGUCCAGCGGACACCUGAUCUUCUCGAAACAAGCCUUUGACCAAAUCCUGCAAGACAGAAACCACAGCUCCUACUUAGGUUACUCGGUGGCGGCCAUCUCUACUGGAAAAGGGGUCCACUUUGUCGCAGGCGCCCCGCGGGCGAAUUACACGGGCCAGAUAGUGCUGUACAGUGUUAAUGAGAACGGCAAUGUCACGGUGAUUCAGGCUCACAGAGGCGACCAGAUCGGCUCCUACUUUGGAAGCGUGCUCUGCUCCGUGGAUGUGGACAAGGACGGCGUGACCGACGUGCUCCUGGUGGGUGCGCCCAUGUUCAUGAACGACCUGAAGAAAGAGGAGGGGAAAGUCUACCUGUUCACCAUCACGAAGGGCAUUCUGAAUUGGCACCAGUUCCUGGAAGGCCCGGAGGGCGUGGAAAACUCGAGGUUCGGCUCCGCGAUCGCCGCCCUCUCGGACAUCAACAUGGAUGGCUUCAAUGACGUGAUUGUCGGGUCGCCCCUGGAGCAUCAGAACGCGGGAGCCGUGUACAUCUACAACGGCCAUGGCCGCACCGUCCGCACCAGGUUCUCCCAGAAAAUCCUGGGAUCCGACCGGGCCUUCCGGAGCCGGCUCCAGUACUUCGGGAGGUCCUUGGACGGCUAUGGAGACCUAAAUGGGGAUUCCAUCACCGAUGUGUCCAUUGGUGCCUUUGGACAAGUUGUUCAGCUCUGGUCGCAGAGCAUUGCUGAUGUGUCUGUAGACGCUUCGUUCACACCAGAAAAAAUCACCUUGCUCAACAAGAAUGCGGAGAUCCACCUCAAACUCUGCCUGUGGGCGAAGUUCCGACCCGCCACGCCAAGCAGCCGCGUGGCCAUUACCUAUAACAUCACCAUCGACGCGGACCUGUACUCGUCCCGCGUGACCUCCAGGGGGCUGUUUAAGGAGAACAGUGACCGGUACCUGCAGAAGGACGCCAUCGUCGGUCCAGGACAGACUUGCUCUGAGUUCGCCAUCCACAUACAGGAGCCCUCGGAUGUCGUCCACGCUCUGAGUCUCCUCGUGAACAUCAGCCUGGCCCACCCCGGCACCAGCCCCGCCCUGGAGGCCUACUCGGAGACGGCCAGGGUCUUCAGUAUCCCUUUCCACAAAGACUGUGGGGACGACGGCGUGUGCAUCUCCGACCUGGUGCUUGAGGUCCGCCAGCUGCCAGCUGCUCAAGAACAACCGUUUAUUGUCAGCAACCAAAACAAGAGGUUAACCUUUUCAGUGACACUGAAAAACAAAAGGGAGAGUGCGUACAACACUGGGCUCCGUGUGGAUUUCUCAGAAAACCUGUUUUUUGCUUCCUGGUCCCUGCCGGUGGACGGGACGGAAGUGAUGUGCCAGGUGGCUGCCUCUCAGAAAUCCGUGGCCUGCGAUGUAGGCUACCCCGCGCUGAAGCCACAACAGCAGGUGACGUUUACGAUUAACUUCGACUUCAAUCUUCAAAACCUUCAGAAUCGGGCAUCUGUCAGUUUCCAGGCCUCCAGCGAGAGUGAGGAAGCCAGCGAGGCAGACAACGCGGCCAACUUCACCAUCCGCCUGCUGUACGACGCGGAAAUCCACAUCACCAGGUCGACCAACAUCAACUUUUAUGAAGUCUCGGAUGGGCAUGUCCCUUCCACGGUGCGCACCUUUGAUGACAUCGGCCCCAAAUUCGCCUUCUCCGUUAAGGUGACCACCGGCAGCAUCCCCGUGAGCAUGGCCUCCGUCCGCAUCCGCCUCCCCCAGCUCACCACCGACAAGAACCCGCUCCUGUACCUGACGGGCGUGCACACGGGCCAGGCCGGCGACAUCAGCUGCAGUGCCGACGUGGACCCGCUGAAAAUAGGACAGACGCCGGCUUCUGUGUCUUUCAAGAGCGAAAAUUUCCGGCACCUCAAAGACCUGAACUGCAGGACCGCCCGCUGCGGGAACGUCACCUGCUGGCUGCGAGACCCGCAGGUGCGGGCCGAGUACUUCCUGAACGUGUCCACGCGCAUCUGGAACGGCACCUUCGCCGCCGCGACCUUCCAGACGGUGCAGCUCACGGCCUCGGCGGAGAUUGACACCUACAACCCACAGGUCUACGUGAUCCAGGAGAACACGGUCACGAUUCCCAUCACGAUCACGAAGCCCCACGAGAAGGCCGAAGUCCCCACCGGGGUGAUCGUGGGGAGCGUCGUCGCCGGGAUCCUUCUGCUCUUAGUGCUGGUGGCCGUUCUGUGGAAGCUCGGCUUCUUCAAGAGGAAAUACGAGAAAAUGAUGAAGAAUCCAGACGAGGCUGACGAGACCAUGGAACUCAACAGCUGAGCGAGCGCCGGCCGGACCCCGGGGGACAGGCCGCCUCCCGCCAGCGCCUGCUGCAGGCGAGGCUUUGUUUUAAACCCAGGGUUGGGCGAGGUCUCAGGGGCACUAGUCUAAUAUUUUAUUUCAAGAAAACUGCAGGUCAGUUUGGAAAAAAGAACUGGGGGAUGGGAGGGUGGGAACUUAGAGGUUUAUGUAAAGGACUUAUUGCUGUGGGCAGUGUCUACGCCGGCUGGUCCCCGGCGCCCACGGUGACGGUGCCCUGUCGGAAGGGGACGUGCUUGCAGACACGGCGCGUCUUCCACAAAACACAACCUUUCUCCGGAGUUUUAUUGGAGGGGGAUCGGUUGUGUGAAACGAUUGUUUUUAAAAGAAGUGACGUUUGGUGAAGACAUAGGACGAGCUCGGAUGUUGACGCUGGGGAAGGACAGCGGGUCGUCCCCUCCCGGCAGAAGUUGCCAGUUUUCUGUGAGAACGGAGUUUACAGCGAGGGGCCCAGCUGCUGGCCCGGCGGCCCCCUCCCCCUCUCCUGCGAUGAACUGACGGAGACCCGCCGAGUGCCUGGGGCGCCUCCUGCCAGCAGGUCUCCAUCCCGGGGGUGAGGGAGGUUAGAGGCCGAAGCACAAGACACUGCGGCCUGCACUGCUGGUACGACCCGCCUGCCGGGGCCACCACGUCGGGGGACGGGGGAGUUCCCCCUCCCUGAGGGCCACAGCUGGCCGCCUGGCUGCCGGCAGGGUCCUUGUGACUUCUUAAAGAUGAGCCAAGUCCUGGGCACCUUCCCGCCUCCACACGGAGCCCUGUCCCGCCCUGGGAGCCCUGCUCUGGAGCCCUGGAGCCUCGUCCCUGCGUGGCUGCGGUCACCCCCCGUGUGCACACACCGUCUCCCCCAGGCUCUGCUCCCCACGGGGAGGAGGCAGGAACCCCGCGCCGAGUGAAUUUCUAGUCCUUGGAGCUCCAGGGUGUGUGGAAGGCAAAGCAGGACAUCGUCUCAGGAACCUGGGAGCAGGCACGGGGUGCUGGGCGUCACCCGGAGCAGGCGUCCUCGGGGCUGGUCCAUCUCGUCUCCCGGACCGACCCCCGAAUGACUCUCACCUGCAGGCUGCCUCCCAGCUGGAGUCCCCGGUCCCAGCUCCCGAGACCGCCACCUGGUUGGUGGGCUGAGGCCCCGAACCCCUGUUUUCACGAGCGCCCGGUCGCUGUGCUGGAACAGACGGGCCCCCUUUUCCUUCUGCACCCUCUGCUCUCUGAGCCCACAGGACCUCGAAGGGUGGGGCUGGGCAGAAGGCGAGGGCCGGGCGCAGCGUGGGCGACGCCACGUGGAGCUGCAGCCUGGAGCUGCCAAUGAGCCACUGGGCCCGGCGAGGCAGGGGCUGCAGCUCAGCAGCGAUGCCCUUGGCUCGGCUGACGGCUCAGUGGGUGAGCAGUGACCUGUGAACCAGGAGGUCACCGUUCGAUACCCGGUCAGAACACAGGCCCGGGUGGCGGGCUCGAUCCCCUGUGGGGGGCGUGCAGGAGGCAGCCAAUCAGUGAUUCUCUCUCAUCAUUGAUGGUUCUCGCUCUCCCUCUCCCUUCCUCUGUGAAAUCAAUAUUUUAUAUAUAUAAGUAUAUAUGUAUAAAAUAGAAGUCUGGGGCCUGGGUUUUUAUAACACAAAUAGUCCUUCAAGGCUCUGACUUUGAGAAGAAGUCAGGGAGGACAGGGAUUCAUCCAUGGGAUCUGGCCUGGCCCCGGCCGUGGCAGCCAGGCCCGGGCACGCAGGUCAGGGGUUUACUUUGUAUUUGACCAAACGAAGAAGAAAAAACAACCGUAAAGUGUUGGGUUUACAGCAAAAAUGGCUGGUGCUCUCCAGUGAGCCGUGCCGGAGCCCCAUUCCUGGAACAGCCGUUUGGACGAAACCUGUUUCAUCCCAAUAAAGUUUUAUUGAGAAGCAGCAUGGAGGAGACGGGCCACGAGGUGACAGAGGAUUUUGAUGGACCACGUGACUCUGUACAGAUGCACUCGUUCCUCCAGGUGCUGUGUAAGGAUGUUUCCUCGGCCUCGCCGCCUCAGUAACCGGGCGCUCAGCUGCCGUCACGCACGCAGGGGGGGAGUCGGGCAAGACCAGGGAGAGGCCUUCCCGCCUUCUUCCCGCGAAGGGCUGGGCUCCCGGAGACUGACCAGCGUGCCCCCUGGCUCCACACCGUGCAGCACAGCCAGGUGUGGCCUGGGCGCUGCUGAUGCCUGGGGCCCGGUGAUGUCCUCGGGCGUCCUGUGCCCUGUGGGAUGGUCCGCAGCUUCCCGGGCCUCUCGCUGCCCAGGCUGGGAGCAGGCUGCCCCGAGUGGUGAUACCAGACUGUCUCCAGCCCUCAUGAGGCCUCGGGGACCAAGGCACCCUGAUUGGGAACCGCUGCUAACCACACCUGCCUGAACACGGCUUCUGCGAUCAGAUCGGUGGUCAGAGGCAGAGGCUGUAUUUACCAAUGGAUGAGUCCUUCUCAAGCACUUUUAAGCAAAGGUGAAUAUUGAUCAGAGAAAUGAAAAGAACCGGCCGGUGUGAGCAUCCUGUUCCAUUCCCAGUCAGGCACAAGCCCGGGUUGUGGGCUGGAUGCCCAAUGUGGGGCGUGCAGGAGGCAGCAGGUCCAUGAUCCUCUCUCAUCAUUGAUGCUUCCAUCUCUCCCUCUCCCUUCCUCUCUGAAGUCAAUAAAAGAUAUUUUUUAAAAAAAGGAAAAAAACCUUGUUGAAGAAGAAGUUUUGUGUUCCUAUUCAGCCACACUUUUGUUUGGAGACGAAAUAUGGUGUAGGGCUUAGAAGAUGCCACUUUGAGUGCCCAUGUCAUAGACGGUGCCCAGGCAAGGCCUGCCGAGUGCGACCGAGACACGCUGCUGUAGGCAGGGCCCCUGUAGGCAGAGCCGCUGUAGGCAGGAACCUGUAGGCAGGACCCUGUAGGCAGGACCCCUGUAGGCAGGACCGCUGUAGGCAGGACCCUGUAGGCAGGACCCCUGUAGGCAGGAACCUGUAGGCAGGACCCCUGUAGGCAGGAACCUGUAGGCAGGACCCUGUAGGCAGGAACCUGUAGGCAGGACCCCUGUAGGCAGGACCCCUGUAGGCAGAGCCACUGUAGGCAGGACCCCUGUAGGCAGGACCCCUGUAGGCAGGACCCUGUAGGCAGGACCCCUGUAGGCAGAGCCACUGUAGGCAGGACCCCUGUAGGCAGGACCCCUGUAGGCAGGGCCCCUGUAGGCAGGGCCCCUGUAGGCAGGGCUUACAGCCUGCAAAUAGGAACCAAGUGGAACAGUUUGUGAGGAAACUGCAGACUCAAACUUGGGCCUUGAGCUGUUAGCAGAAAGCGAGGACGUGGAGCUGCAGAGAGGGUCUCUCGCUGGCGGAGUCCUUUUCAUAGAACAGUAACCGUCUCCCUUAUCGGGAGAGCAAAGAAACGGUGAACCAACUUAGCCUAUCACACAGGUGAUUAUACUGAAAGUUACCACAGAAGUUCUUUAUCGUGUACUUGUCCUAACAUACAGCUUUACCCCGUGUAGGAAACUCUCAUAAGUUAAGACAUCAUCCAACAGAAAGCGGAACUCCUCAGACUGAACUCCGUCCGUCUCUCGCAUUCCAGUUUGCACAGGGACGUCACCGCGUGCACAGGUGUAGGGCACGCCCUCCUGUGGAGAAACACCCAUUUGUGUCAAUGCAGGACGGACCCCUGGAGGCAAGGUCAUACACACGGGGUAAAUUUUGAAAUAAAAAUGUAACUACUUUGAACCUUCGAGAAUAAAAAGGUAGCCAUUGUGUAAAUAUAAAGAGAUGGUUUCAUCUGUACCAGAUGCAUUUGGGCAGAUAAACUCAAAAUAUAAAUGUAUAUGUUGCACAAUUAUGUGAGAAUUGUAUAUUUUUUAAAGGCAAAUUGUCUUGGAUACUUUCCUAUAUUAAUGUAUAAAUCUGUACUAAGAUGUAACAUGGUUAUCGGUUUUGAUUAA